AUGCCCAUCCCGACACGUUCGGCUUCGCUGCGCGAGCCUCGUAAACAGACUUCCAACAUAGCACGACCUGCCACGAAAGCUUCCCCUCCACCAACCACGGCCGCCCCGAGCCAGGAAACCGCCCGAGGAACGAAUGACAAGAACCGCUCACCAUCAAACCCCUCGCCGGUCGAGGGUGUAUCUCUCAAAGACAAUGCGCUCACUACUCGGGGAAGAACUUUACUUCCCCAGCGCAGUAAUACCCCCCUAGACAAUGGCCGUGGAACAACACAGGGGCGGUUCCAGCCACCCAGCAAGAUGAAUCCACGUGGGAAUCCGUCGCCAACAAGACAACCCGAGAGACAGCCGGUGAAGAACCCAACACAAUUGGACUCUUCAGCAAUGAAAACUGCAGUGGCAUCUACUCGCCGUCAAAGUAUUAUACGACCUAGCACGCUGAAGAUGCCUGCAGUGAAGACAACGGUCCCUUUGUCGAAGACCUCAGCGCCCUCAAUCCCGCCGCCCUCGCCCCGCAAGCAGCCAGAAAGACGAUUGCCUGCUCAGCCCUCCAUCCCUAGACGACCGCAAUCGCCUAAGAAAACAGAGAUGCUACCCCCACCGCGUACUGCGCGUUCCUCCUCCCUAAGACAACCUAUUGCCAGCGACAAGGGACCACCGGCAGUAGCCAGGGUGCAUACACGAAACAGGAGCCAGCUGGUACAGAAUACAAAACAGAUCGAACCAACUCCUGUAGUGGGACAACGUCCACGACUACUAUCAAACCACCAACGGCCAUCUUCCCCCACAAAAUUCUCCAAACCCCCAACGCCGACACCUGGAGCCGAAACUAAGCCUGGCAAUCUGCUGAUUCCUUCAUCCUGGCCGGAUAUCGCAGCUCUACAGACCGAGCUGCUUCAGCUCAGUCUCUUCCAUUCGAAUUCGGUACAGAACCAUGCGGAUUGGAGGUCUGGCUGCGAGUCACGUCUGCGCAAACAGUAUGACGGCAUCGCCAGCCAGUAUCGCUCAGUCUUGGCAGAUGAAACGCGGCGGCAGUGCCAACUGAAUGUGCAGGCCCUGAGCCUUUGGCUUUCUAAUUGUUGCGAACAUCGCGGCCCACAUGACUUCUCCGAGCAGGUUCAAAUCCUAUCACAGAUUCUGCAAGAUGUCUCGGACAUGGUCUCUGGUGGUGGGGGUGGUCUCUACUGUCAGGUUGUGAAGACCUUCGAAAACUGGCUUCAUCAAACAGAGGUCAUUCGUCACAACCGUGGACCGCAGGGUGUGGAUGUCGGCAUUUUUAUUGACCCCCUGGCCAGGAGCUGGAAGGAAUCACUGUAUGCUUUGAAUACUAAACUGGAAUCAUGUGCACGACAGCUCCAGCUCCUCGAUAUUCUGGGGGUUGGGCAAGUAGAGCGUUUGGAACAGUCGGCUCUUGCUAGAGCGGCUCGAAAUUUGGCCGAGUUGAUCCAACUCAUGGCGCAGGAAAUUCAUGCCAUGCAGACAUUGGAGGCAGAAGUGGUGCGAUCAGAAAGAGCUACUGUUAGUCUCCUUGCGACGCGGCUGGCAGGUUCUACGAGGGAAAUGAAGGCUCCCCGAGUCGGAGCAUGGAAAAGUUAG